CUUCCACGCACGCGCAGAAGACCUAUGGAUGCACACAUGGUUCCAGUCCAGUGAAAACAAUGUGGUGUUUCUCCGUGCGGAUAAGGUCUUUCCACUCUUCACCGACCCUCUUGAAGAAGUUGAAGGGGAAGACUCCCGCAGAGCAGCGGUGGGUUCAGCGGCAGCUUAAAGACCCGUACGUUAAAGCUUCACAUGCACAAAACUUCCGGUGCAGAAGUGCUUUCAAACUGCUGGAGAUAGACGACAAGUUCAGGCUUUUACAGCCUGGAUGCAGUGUGGUGGACUGUGGAGCUGCACCUGGAGCCUGGAGCCAGGUGGCGGUGCAGAGGGUCAACUCAGACGGAACAGAUACAGAGCUACCACGUGGCACCGUUGUUGGCAUUGACCUACUGAACAUCCCGCCUCUGGAAGGUGCCCACUUCCUGUCUAGUCAUAACGUGUUGGAUCCCGCCACGCAUGCUAAGUUACUUGAACUGCUCCCCAACGGCCAGGCUCACAUCAUCCUGAGUGACAUGGCGCCUAAUGCCAGUGGUUUCAGGGACAUGGACCAUGAGAAACUCAUCACUCUGUGUUUGGCUUUGAUAGACUUGGCAGCCAAGAUUUUACAGCCCGGAGGCUCUCUGGUGUGCAAAUACUGGGAUGGGAUCCUCACUCAUAAACUCCAGGAGAAGCUCUCGAGUGCCUUCGGUAGUGUUCGGACUCUAAAGCCAAAUGCCAGCAGAAAGGACUCAGCUGAGAGAUAUUUUCUUGCUAGAAUGUAUAAAAAGCCAAUUAAAUGAUUUUUAAAUGUGUUAAAAAUGACCAGUUUUGUCAUGAAGAUUUGUGAAGUGUCUGCACAUGAAGGAAAGGCUCACCUCAUAACUUUUAUCAAAAGGUGGCACUGUUGAGGCAUCGGUAAGCUUCACUGCUGCAGGCUCUCAUACAUUAGGUACUGCCUGGGAUGAUUUUUUUUUUUUUUUUUUUAUCCCUGCAAACUUAACAUAGAAGCUGCACUGAAUAAUAUGUAAUCCAUAUCAUUAUCAACGUUCAUCAUGAGUGUGAUACUCCUCAAGAGCCCACUGCUUUCUCUGAAGUUAUUGUUUGCCCCACAGUGUUUGUUCUACACAGUCACUUUGGUAUUUGCUUUGUUACAGAAAGUCAUUUACCAGUGCUGCUUAUGCUAACAAUUUGCUCUGCCAGCCAUGUAGAAAUGUAAUCAUUCUCUCAUUGAGAGCUUAUGAAGGGAAAACCUAACAUAACCCCAAUACAGUCACAUACAGCAUGACUAAUGGGAAGUGGGACGAUACUGACGCUUGGCACACUGCAAGUGUUGUUGGGCUUUUGCUCUCCGACAGAGAAGAGAUGUCCAUUUCCUGGAGAAAAACAUUUUCUGUCUAGUGGAUAGAUUUUAAUUUGAGAUUCAUCUGUGACUGUGUUGAAGUCUUUGGAGAGCAUUAUUUCAUUAUUAUUUUCUUUCUUAAUGAAAUAAAAGCAGCUUUGUCACUGACUAUUCACAGAUUAACAGUAAGAGUACGCACACGUUGCAUUAUGAAAUCUUGCAUUUUGCUUUAAAGGUCCGGUAUGUUUAUUUGAGUGUAGUUUAUAAGUUUGUGUUGUGGUAGAUGUUCCACUGUGUAAGUGCAGCCUCUGUCUUUAUUCAUUCAAAAACCUUCCGGGGAAGACUGCAUUUUUUAAUAUUCAGUCAUAUCCCAAAACCUGUUGAUAUCCUGUUUCAUGAUCUGUAAGUAAGUAAGUAAAGCUUUAUUUAUAUAGCACUUUUUAAAACAUGUUACAAAGUGCUUCACAUAAAGGGGAGACAGAUCAAAUCAAAUUUUAAGCCAAUUUACAGAAACCCAAUAGAAUCCUCCUGUAAAAGUAGGCGUAUUCCUUUUUACAAUCAGAAAGGUGAAUCCAUCUCUGCCACACAGAAUCUUUGUUUCUUCGUCACCGCACUCCAAACAAACAACCUGUAGGAAAAUCUGCAUAUUUGUGAAUGCGCUGUGUGCAUCUUCAGAGAUUCCUCAUAAAAUUAGAGUGACAUCAGCACGUCACAGGUGUCUGAGAUGGAAAA